UUGCUUUCUUUGGACUGUAGAUGUUUUGGUUGCCAGCUGCACUGAAGCACUCUGGUCUGACCGGCCCUCCGGUGCUCCAUCCAGUUGAUUCCUCCCACAUGAAGACAGCAGAAGGACCAGAACUAGAAAACCAUACUCUUCUGACAGAAUUUGUCCUCUCUGGAUUGUCCAGCCACCCAGAGCAGCAGAACUGUCUGUUCUUCUCAUUCAGUUUGAUUCAUACCUUCACCCUCGCUGGGAACCUUCUCAUCUUCCUGGUCACAGCGCAUCCUACCCUCCACAUGCCCAUGUACUUCUUCCUCCGGGUCCUGUCCUUCCUGGAUAUUUCCAUAGCAUCCACUGUCGUUCCCAAGAUGUUGGUAAGCUUCCUGUCAGAGGGCAGGAGAAUUUCCUACGUGGGCUGUGCCACACAGCUCUACUUUGUCAUUUUCUUGGGGGCCACCGAAUGCUACAUUUUGGCAGCUAUGGCCUAUGACCGCUAUGUGGCCAUAUGCAACCCCCUUAGAUAUGCCAUCAUCAUGAACAACAAAGCCAGGCUUUCCCUAGUCCUGCUGUCAUGCUGCAGUGGUAAUGUGGUAUCCGUGGUGCAGACAGCUUGGGUGUUCACCUUGCGGUUCUGUGGACCCAACAAGAUUAACUACUUCUUCUGUGACAUUCCUCCACUCAUUAUGCUCUCCUGCACUGACACCUCCUUGUAUGAAAAGCAGACACUUACCACCACAGUGCUGGUCAUCUUUGCACCAUUUUGUCUCAUUCUGGUAUCUUAUGCCUGCAUCAUCUCCAACAUCCUGAAGAUUUCUUCUGCAGAGGGCAGGCGCAAGACCUUCUCCACCUGUUCUUCACAUCUUAUUGUUGUAACUCUUUAUUAUGGCAGUGGGAGCUUGAUUUACUUACGGCCCAAAGUCAAUUACUCUCAAGACAUUAAGACAUUUUUUUCUCUCAUAUACACAGCUAUAAUUCCAGCACUAAAUCCCCUGAUUUACAGCCUGAGGAAUAAAGAAGUGAAAGGAGUACUAAUUAAAACUAUAGCUGACCCGAGGAAGAAAUAAAUCUUUUAUUGUACAUGAAUGUGGAGCUUUAAAAUGCUAUUUCUGGCAUAGGUCAUUGUGUAAGGUUGCUAGCUCACUAAAAAAAACAGGUGUUUUAUAGAUGUGAAUGUUUUGUCUUUAUUCUUGCCUUCAGUAGUAAGUCAUUUAAAAUUUUAGUUUCUCAUUCUUCCUUGUGAGGAAGAAAUGUAUACUAGACAUUUCCUUUAGAUCAAACCAGUCAAAAUCACCUCAAUGCCAGUCAAAAUCACCUCAAUGCCACAGCUUAUUUGGGCACUUGGGUCUGAAGGUCUUGCUUUCAUUGCAGGAGAUUCAGCUGACACUCUCACUUAAGAAAUGUUAUUUUACUGUGUGAAAACUUGGUCCUUAUCUUGUUUGUAAGCUCUCUGUAUGUACUGAAAGAAUCCAGCCUCCCCACAGCCUUCUUUUCUCCAGGCUGAACAAGCUCAGCUCCCUCAGCCUUUCCUCAUACCAGAAGUGCUCUAACAAGGCAGAGGAACUGAUGCUCAUUCCUUGCUUCCAGAAAGACUUAAGCAUUUCAUAUAGCACAGUCACCAGGAAGGUAUCUUGGGACCUGAGACAGAAUAAUUAGUAUUUUGCAUCUCUCAGCCUUUCUUUCAGAUCUAAAGUACCAUGACUCCAUGAUGUAAAUUCCGCGUGAAUGUUUCUCUGUCAUUUCUUUCUCUCUGGAAAUCAUUAUUAUUUAUAUUUCAAUUCAGAGAACCAGGAGAGCUAAAAAAGUUUUCAACAACAACCAACAAAACAAAGCUAACAAACAAAGAAAAAGAAAAGUGAAGCUGACUGCAUUUAAUACCCGUAAUUAGCAAAGACUCUUUGGAUUAGUAAGUGGAAACCUUCUUGUAGUAAAUUCCUGUAGAUGCUGAAAGCAUUUACUUUCUUUUGUGAACAUUUCUUUAACAGUUUUACUAACAUUUACUAACACUUGCUAUUAAGUCUGCGCUGUGGUCAUCUGCUUCCCUCUUAGAGGUGUUUAUAGUUGGUUUGUUCACUGUUCACUUUGGUGCCAGGCAGUGCUUUGGAAAACAUCGCCCACAUCCCAUUAUUAAACUUAAGAGAAGGUUCUGCACAUAUGUGCUUGGGUCUCAAGAGUUCCUUUCUUGAGAAAAAUUUUGCUGAAGCCAUUCCUUCUAGUGACACCUCUGAAAAAUACAAAGUUUCCCAGGAGACCAAAGACGGGUUUUACCAGUCUACUUGGGCUACUAGGAAACUUAACCUUCACAUGGUGAAAAUCAGGGCUGAUAUAU